UUAAAGGGACAACAGACUCGCCUCGCCUGGCUCUCCCGCAUCCACCUCUAUCCAUCUAUCCAUCCCCGUCUCCUGCUGUCCUGCAGCGGAGAACAUUCUUGGAGUCGGGCUCCUGAGAUUGAGAGGGCUCGAGUUCUUGCAUCCCGCGGUCCCUCCACUCCCAAAGGCUUUUGGAGUACAAUUCUUUGUUGUUUGGUGAUUCUCAAAGUGGUAAAUGGGAUCAGAAGGACCUUCAGUUGUGACCGUCCAUGUUACUGGAUUUAAGAAGUUUCAUGGGGUUGCUGAAAACCCAACUGAGAAAAUUGUGAGCAAUCUUAAAUCUUUCAUGGAAAAGAGAGGGUUGCCAAAAAACCUUGUACUUGGAAGCUGCACUGUUCUUGAAACAGCAGGGCAGGGGGCACUUGGCACAUUACAGAAAGUUCUAGAAUCUGCUAUUACAGACAGAGAGAAUGGGUCGUCAGCUCAGGGACAAGUAAUUUGGAACAUUUUUCAGAUCCACUUUGGGGUCAACAGUGGUGCAGUGAGGUUUGCCCUUGAGAAUCAAGCUGUUAAUGAAGCUACCUUCCGUUGUCCCGAUGAGCUAGGAUGGAAACCUCAGAGGGUCCCUAUUGUGCCAUCUGAUGGAAGCAUCUCGCGAACAAGAGAGACUACCCUGCCAGUGAACGAAUUAACCAAAUCACUCCGGAAGAUAGGCCAUGAUGUGAUGCCUUCAGAUGAUGCUGGUCGAUUCGUUUGCAACUACGUGUACUACCACUCCCUUCGGUUCGCAGAGCAACAUGGCAUCAAAUCACUGUUUGUGCAUGUGCCGCUCUUCGUGACUAUCGAUAAGGAGGUUCAGAUGCAUUUUGUUGCUUCCCUCCUUGAAGCUCUAGCUGGCUUGAACUAGCAACAGCAGUUUAAAGGCAGCGGUUCGGUUCUGUCUCAAAGAUGUAAAGUUGGAAGAAGACUGAAUUAGAUGAUGUGGUCAUUGAUGAUGUUGAUCUUGCUCCAAAUAAAAUUGAUCUUGUUCCAAAUAGAUGGUGUGGUCAUUAGACUUGUGUUUAAGGGGGAAGAAGGGCUGCAUAGAGUGUAUCUUCCUGUGGCCAAAUGCGGCUUGCAUGCCAUCACAUGUUGUAAACAUGCCUGAAAAGUGGGAACCUCGUUCCAAUAAAAUUGACAAAUCGUUGGAGUGGAUAA